UUCGCCGUCUAAUAGACGACUUGCACGUUUCAACCGUCAUUGAUCUGCGCUCUACGUAUGUGCUCACUACACUAUUUGCUACCUAUCUUCAUACUCAAACCUUACAGAACAGAACAUCAGAUGGCCAUUAAAAAGCACAAACGCAGGCACAACGUCUCCACCGGAUCCUCCGACUUCCAACCCCAGGAUGAAGAUGGAUACAUCCAUCUCCCCUCCCUCGACGACACGGAAACAGGCGCCCGCCGCCAUCUGAUUAGUCUUACGGGAAAGGGGUUCGAGCGACAGCUUUUGUGGCGGUUAGACUGGUGGAAUUUCACAAAAGUCCUCGCAUAUGUAGCAGCAGGAUACAAGCAAGACGCCGUGCGCAUCGUCGGGGAGCAUGUCAUGAAGCCUGCUGGUUUGACCGGGCUGGCAAUUGAUACACUUGAAGCGAGCAAGGGUGAAAUAAAGCAGAUAUUUGACAUUCUUUCAUCAGUGGACACGGACAUAGCCGCUGACCUGUCUACAUCUGCAUCUUCAGCUGGCGUAUUGAUCCACUGCACACAAGGAAAGGACCGAACAGGGCUUAUAGUUCUUCUCUCGCUCCUCUUAACCAGCGUCGUGGAUGCCGAUGUCAUAGCAAGCGAGUACGUGCUCUCCGAGAAGGAACUGGAGAAUGAAUCGAGCGAGGAGAAGGAAGAGCGGAUGAAGGAGAUCAGAGCAAUAGGACUGGAUGAGGAGUAUGCGCGAUGCCCUAAGGAUUUUACUCAGAGGGUUGCGACCUUCAUUGAAGAGAAGUAUGGUGGUGUCCGGGAGUAUUUGGUGUCUGUGGGCGUUGACGAGGAGAUUUUGGAGAGCUUGAGGAGGCGGUUAUUGGCGUGA